AUGGAAAUCAUUACGGAGAGGUUCUACUCGAACCUUUUCCGUUCAUCAACUCCUGUGUCAAGCCCAAUCAUCCCCACUGGCGAAGCCCCACCACGGAUUCUCCCUUCGGAAGUACGAGUCGCUAUCAAGAGCAUGAAACCUGGCACAGCCCCCGGACCUGAUUUUAUAUCAGCAGACUUUCUUCGGGCUGGUGGCCAUCCGCUUCAUGUAAUCUUGGCAGCGCACAUGACAUCCUAUCUUCAGAAAGAAAGGAUCCCAGACCAGUGGAAGACCUCGCGAACCGUUCUUAUCCAUAAGAAAGGUGACCGAGAGGACCUUCGGAACUACCGUCCGAUAUGCUUGCUGAGUGUGUUAUACAAAGUAUUCACCAAGAUCAUCCUCACACGCAUAUCUAGGACGCUGGAUGAAGCCCAGCCUCAAGAACAAGCUGGAUUCCGCCAAGGGUUCAGCUGCUUGGAUCACAUCCAGACCGUGUCGAGGGUCAUAGAGGUUUGCCGGGAAUACCGCCUGCCCUUGUUCUAA